CAGAGCGGACAUGGCGGAGGGUGAGAGAGCUCCGCCACCGCCGCUCCAGCUCCCCCCGGCCAAGCGGCUAUGCUCCCGGAGCGGCCCGCCCUCCCAGCAGAGUCCCCAGCAGCGAGGAGCCGCCGCCCGGCCCCAGUACCAGCCCGAGUCCCUGCUGGACUGCGCCGCCAAGGCGGUGGCGGAGAAAUGGGCCUUCGAACGGGUGGAGGAGCGAUUCGAGCGGAUCCCGGAGCCCGUGCAGCGCCGCAUCGUCUACUGGUCCUUCCCCCGCAACGAACGAGAGAUCUGCAUGUACUCCUCCUUCCAGUACCGGGGCGAGGAGACGGGGGCCCCGGCCGGGGGGCCCAUAGGAGGAGCCCUGGGGCCGGGCCAGAGCUCUGCCCUAUCAGGCAUCGGAGGGCCCGGGGCCCCGGGGACAGGAGGAGGAGAGGGGCUGCCCUUCCGCCGGGGGAUACGGCUCCUGGAGAGCGGCUGUGUGGAGAACGUCCUGCAAGUCGAUUCUCUUGUGCGCCCCCGGAGGACGGUGUUCACACGAGCCAUUGAGGCAUGUGAUCUGCACUGGCAGGAUAGCCACCUACAGAGGAUCAUCAGCAGUGACUUCUAUCUGUCACCUUCCUGCCAGAGAGAUGGUGAAUCUCUGCUUUUUAACUCCCAGGGACAACCCCUAUGGCUGGAACAUGUUCCCACGGCGUGUGCAAGAGUUGAUGCCCUGCGAUCUCACGGUUAUCCCAAAGAAGCUUUACGUCUGGCAGUCGCCAUUAUCAGCACAUUGAGACUGCAGCAACAACGGCAGCUGGAGAUCUACAAGCAGCAGAAGAAAGAGCUGAUUCAGAGGAACACGACUACAAUCACCAACCUGGAGGGGUGGGUCGGUCACCCCCUGGACCCCAUUGGGUGCCUGUUCACCACUCUGACGGAGGCGUGCCGGGUGGACGAGGAGAACGCCAUGGAAGGAACAGAAAGCAGCGAGUCCCAGCGCCCAAACUACCAGCACGUGUGCGUCCUCAACGACUCCCUGGAGAACGGAGAGUCCUACCUGUCCCUGGCGCUGGAGGUGGCUCUGAUGGGCAUGGGGCAGCAGCGGCUGAUGCCUGAGGGGCUGUACGCCCAGGACAAGGUGUGCCGCAACGAGGAGCAGAUCAUCGCCCACCUGCAGGAACUGGAGCUGGAUGCCGCCCUGGUCCAGACCCUGCGCAAACAAUGCAUCCUCCUGCUGGAAGGGGGUCCGUUCAGUGGUCUGGGAGAAGUCAUCCACCGGGAGAGCGUCCCCAUGCACACCUUCGCCAAAUACCUCUUCUCUGCACUGCUGCCGCAUGAUGCCGACCUGGCCUAUAAGCUGUCGCUCCGCGCCAUGAGGCUCCCAGUGUUGGAGAGCAGCGCCUCAGGCGACGUAUCGCACCCUCAUCACAUGGUGUCCGUGGUGCCGAGCCGCUAUCCCCGCUGGUUCACUCUGGGGCACCUGGAGUCUCAGCAGUGCGAACUCGCCUCCACCAUGCUGACCGCCGCCAAAGGUGACAUGCUGCGCCUCCGCACCGUUCUCGAAGCCAUACAGCGCAACAUCCAUUCCUCCUCGCUGAUCUUUAAGCUGGCACAGGACGCCUUCAAGAUCGCCACGCCGGCGGACAGCAGCUCCGACACCACGCUGCUCAAUGUGGCCCUGGAGCUGGGGCUGCAGGUCAUGAGGAUGACGCUCAGCACCCUGAACUGGAGGCGCCGGGAGAUGGUGCGCUGGUUGGUCACAUGUGCUACAGAAGUCGGUGUCCGCGCCCUGGUGAGCAUCCUCCAGACCUGGUACACGCUCUUCACCCCCACAGAAGCCACCAGCAUCGUAGCGGCAGCCGCCACCUCGCACGGCACCGUCCUGCGCCUCAACCUGGACUAUGCACAGCGGGAGGAGCUGGCCAGCUGUGCCCGGACCUUAGCCCUGCAAUGCGCCAUGAAAGACCCUCAGAACUGCGCCCUGUCCGCCCUCACCCUGUGCGAAAAGGACCACACGGCCUUCGAGACGGCCUACCAAAUCGCAGUGGACGCCGCCUCGGGGGGCAUGACCUACUCUCAGCUUUUCACCAUCGCCCGCUACAUGGAGCACCGCGGCUAUCCCCUGCGGGCCUUCAAACUCUGCUCACUGGCCAUGAGCCACCUCAACCUGGCGUACAACCAGGACACGCACCCUGCCAUUAAUGACGUCCUGUGGGCGUGCUCGCUCAGCCACUCGCUGGGGAAGAACGAACUGGCGGCACUAGUGCCUCUGGUGGUGAAAAGCGUGCACUGCGCCACCGUCUUGUCAGACAUCCUCAGACGAUGCACGCUCACCGCUCCGGGAUUGGCCGGGAUUCCUGGCAGGCGGAAUUCUGGGAAACUCAUGUCCACGGACAAACCGCCCCUGCGGCAGCUGCUGGACGCGGCGGUCGGCGCCUACAUUAACACCACCCACUCCCGCCUGACGCACAUCAGCCCCCGGCACUACGGCGAGUUCAUAGAGUUCCUCAGUAAAGCGCGGGAGACCUUCCUCCUGGGCCAGGACGGGUUACUGCAGUUCGCCCAAUUUAUAGACAAUUUAAAGCAGAUCUAUAAAGGUAAGAAGAAGCUGAUGAUGCUGGUGCGGGAGCGGUUCGGAUGAAGAUGGCGCCUCCCCACAGCCAUCUGCUUCCUUGUCAAUGUGGGGCCCCUGGGGCCGCUACCAGGACUGUCACAGCAGGAGCCGCCAUCACGCCUGCCAAACAUUUCAUCAUCCUCUGGGGCCGCAGCAGUGUCCGGAUCAUGUGAUGUCGGCCAGCGGAGGGCGCUGCAGCACACACACACUGUUCCUUCUGUCAUGGCCGUCAUUUACCUGGUGCUUGGGAUGGUACAGCCGGGGGGCGCCACCGCUUCUGCCUCACUCAGGGCCGACUCAUUCCCUCCAUGACACCAGAUCCGAUCAUCACAGGGAAAACCACAGCCCGCUCCAGCCUGCCUGAGCUGUGGAACCACAAGUCCCAGCAGAAGUGCACUAAUCUGCCUGCUCUGGGUAUACAAUAAUGAGAAUUACUUUAGAACAGUGGUUUUCAAACAGUGGCCCUCCAGCUGCUGCAAGACUACAACUCCCAGCAUGCAGGGAGUUGUAGUUUUGCAACAGCUGGAGGCACACUGGUUGCGACUAGAGCAGCGGUCUUCAAACUGUGGCCUUCCAGCUGUUGCAAAACUACAACUCCCAGCAUGCCAGGACAGCCUUUGGCCACUGUUUCCUAAUCAUUGUGCCUCCAGCUGUUGCAAAACUACAACUCCCAGGAUGCCCAGAAUGCCUUAAGCCAGGGUUUCCUAAUCAGUGUGCCUCCAGCUGGUGCAAAACUAUAACUCCCAGCAUGCCCGGACAGCCAACGGCUGUCCGGGCAUGCUGGGAGUUGUAGUUUUGCAACAUCUGGAGGGUCACAGUUUGAAGACCACUGGACUAGAAGGACACAUUGCAUCUCCAGACAAUCUCUAUCUCUAUGUAGAACAGUCAUCCCCAUCCUGUGGUUCUCCAGCUGUUGCAAAACUACAACUCCCUGCAUGCAAACUCUGCAUUCAUUUUUUUAAGAUUUUUACACUUGUUUUAAGAUUUUUUUUUACACAUUUUGCACAACUCCAACUCCCAGCAUGCCCUGAUUAAACCUGCAUAAACUUUUAUUUUUACACAUUCCGAAAACUACCACAGCAGUUAUGCACUUAUAACAUUGUAAACCAGACAAUGCAUCCUGGGAGUUGUAGUUCUGCAACAGCUGGAGAGCCAGAGGUCGGAGAACACUGCCAUGGAGGAUGCCUGAGUGGAAGGCUGUCGGGGAAUGCUGGGAGUUGUAGUUUUGCAAGAGCUGGAGAGCCCCGGGUUGGAGAUCACUGCUCUUGAGGCUGUAAAGACAUGCUGAGAGUUGUAGUUUUCCAGCAGGUUGUAGAUCACUGCUCUUGAGGCUGUAAAGACAUGCUGAGAGUUGUAGUUUUCCAGCAGGUUGGGGUUCACUGCUCUUGAGGCUGUAAAGACAUGCUGGGAGUUGUAGUUUUCCAGCAGGUUGGGGUUCACUGCUCUUGAGGCUGAAAGACAUGCUGGGAGUUGUAGUUUUGCAGCAGGUUGGAGUUGUAGAGUUUUCCCGUGUUGGUGCAGUUCAGCGCUAUGACCACUAGAGGCCAGUAACACUUGGUGCAGAUUCUGCGGCGUCUGAUCAAAUUAUCGUAUAAUGAAAAGUUCUGGAAGGUUCUAAUAGACUUUGGGGAGAUUUAUGAAAUGUCCAGGAACUACGCAUUUCCUGCACCCGUAAUACGUGCUCCAAAAUACAACCAUGUGAUUGGUCGGGGACUGGCCUUAGGCGAGGUACACACCACAGUUUCGCUUCGCAACAGGAUAGACAAACUACGCCGUCUCCGUUAAAAAAAAAAAGAAAAAUAUAUAAAUUCUGCGGCGUCUUUACGUUAGAAAAUGAAGCCAUAGCCGGCGGAGAGAUUUGUGCUACAAUUUGCCCCGUUUUCUGUUGGAGGCCCCGCCCACUCAUGAGAAGCUCCACCCAAACUGUGUCAGAAAAGUCGCCAAUAUGGCCGCCUAUGAUUUGCAGAAAGACUCAAAUUCGUUUCUAAUUUCAUUCCAUUGUGUUCCAGUAGUCACCAUCUUCAGGAUCUCUGCUUCCUGUCAGUGAACAAACACUUUCUAGAAUCUAGACCACUGAUCUAGAGGCUAUAAUAACCUGAUACUUCUUACAGCUGAGGGUGUGUUACAGUUGCAUCCAGUCUGGAAUAUCUUCCAUUAACUAAACAAGCCCGGACUCCCGCCUGAUACAUUGUAACAAUCCUUCAGCUGUGAGAGGUGUUGAUUCCAUUUACAUCAUUCAUCCAUGGUGCAAGUGUGAACACAACCUUAGGCCUGCACAGAUCUUAGAACAUUCCCAUUCACUGACAACAAGCAGAGAUCCUGAAGAAAAAAAAAGUCAACAAGGAUUUAUUCUUUUAUUUAAAGGGGUACUCCGGUGAAACUUUUUUUUUUUUAAAUCAACUGGUGCCAGAAA